AUGGCUCAGCCAAACAGCAAGUGGCAUGGCAUCGAUCGAUUGCCCAUGGACGACGUGAGCCCUGCCGAGGACGAUUCCGAUUUCAGCGAUACUACCUCGAACUACUCGACCAUAUCCGAAGACACGCUUCCUGUAAUCAAACAAUACGGCCACACAUACCACGGUUCUGGUCAGCUCUUUACCCCUAACGAUGCCUCCGAAGCACAUCGCUUGGCUAUUCAGCAUGAGCUCUACCAAUUGUGUCUCGAUGGCAGCCUUGUGGACGCCAAGUUACCGCUCGACCAAUAUACACCUGAAAGCCCAUUCGAAAUACUAGAUCUCGGUGCUGGCAGUGGCAUAUGGGCUUGCGAUAUGGCUAAACGGUACCCUCAGGUUAACAUACUCGGUAUCGAUCUGAGCAGCGCCCUACUACCCGAAGAUGUUCCUCCCAAUGUUACCUUUGAGAUUGCCGACGUCACAGAUCCAUGGCCCUCUCGCACAUACGAUUUCAUUCAUAUGCGGAGUCUCGCUGGGGGUGGUGUUCGUGACUGGAGCGCUCUGCUUGCUGAUGCAUAUGAACAUCUUAACCCUGGGGGGCAGUUGGAAGUUACGGAGAUUCGACCGCACUUUUUUGACGUCGAUCCAGAUCAAGCCGAACUACCAAAUACCGAAACUGGAAAAAGGCCCGAAAUCGGGGGCGCCUGUCUUGAGUACGAGAGAAUAUUCGGAGAAAUAUGUACCAAACUCGGUAUUGACUGCGACCCUAUACCCCGGGUCCCUGGAUAUUUGGCAGGCUUUGGGGCCGAAAUUAUUCGAGAACGCGUGGAUUGGUUGCCAGUACAAAACUGGGGAAGUGACCCAAUCACUCUACAGAAGCGCAAAACCUUGGCGGAGAUGGUCGAGUGUGGUGUAGAAAAUUGGACAUUGAGACUAUUCGGACUUGAUGGUUGGGAAGAAAAGGCCAUCAGGGCUUUGCUUGAUCGCGUGAAAGCGGAAAUACAAGAUCCCCUUCUACGCAGCUUGGCUAAAGUAACGUUUGUUACCGCCCGAAAGCCAAUGGGCAAGCAAGGAAGUUGA